AACACUCAAAUUAUUUUCACACAGGUAGCCCAAACCAAAGUCAAAUUGAAAUACGUGGGGAGCGGGGAGGGUGUAUCUAGUCUUAGCACUUCAGCCAUUUUGUGAUGUUGUAAAGACAACUUUCGAUGGACCGGUGGUCUGAACUUUAAUUCUUUUCCUUGUUGUUUUUAUAUCGCCGGCUGAUUAUCAGGUUGUUGGAUAUUUAAAGAAUGGAAACACUUAAAAAUGGAAUAGGUCCCGGCCACAAAGUGUACAAAGUCGUACUUACUGGAGGGCCUUGUGGAGGAAAAACUACAACUCAAGCAAGAAUGUCCACAUUUUUCGAGAAUAUUGGUUGGAAGGUUUUCCGUGUUCCUGAAACAGCAACCAUUCUUUUAGGUGGUGGUGUUAAGUUUGCUGAGCUUGAUGGGGAGCAAGUGAAUAUCUUUCAAGAGAACCUACUAAAGACGAUGAUGCAACUGGAAAAAACAUACUUUGAUUUAGCUGAACGCUGCCACAAAAACUGCCUGGUUAUCUGCGACAGGGGAACAAUGGACCCCUCCGCAUACUGUGAACCAGAGCAUUGGCAGAAAAUGUUGGAUAAAAAUGGCUGGCGAACCAUGGAUCUCCGGGAAGGGCGUUAUGACCAGGUUGUUCACUUGUUGUCAUCUGCAUGCGGAGCUGAAGCUUUUUAUACUCUUGCCAACAACAAUGCCAGAUCAGAGGGUCUUCAGCUUGCAAGAGACCUGGAUAAGAAAACUCAACAGGUGUGGGUAGGGCACCCUUACUUUGACGUUAUCGAUAACACCAUGGAGUUUGAUGCCAAAGUGCAUAAGGCGAUAAGGGUUGUAUGUAACAAAAUCGGGAUUCAAGUUGGUGAUCGUUUGGCUCCUGAUAGCAUAAAGCUGAAGUUUCUUAUCAAGAAAAUGCCUUCUGAUAGGGUGUUCCCGCCAUUUGAAGACUUUGAUGUUGUGCAUAACUAUUUGUUAGUGGCCAACCCAGAAAAGGGAACCCAAGCACGCCUUAGGAAGCGAGGGCAAAAUGGGCGUUACAUGUACAUGCACACUGUACGGAGACCCAUGAUCGAUGGCCAAGUAGUGGAAGUGCGAAAAAGUCUCAACAGGCGAGACUAUGAGCUGCUUCUGAGCCAGAGGGACCCCAUGAGGCAGUCCAUGUACAAGCACCGUCGCUGUUUUAUUUGGAAAGACCAGUAUUACCAGCUAGAUGUGUACACAGAACCUUGCCCAGAGAGGUGCAAAGGUCUAAUUUUGCUGGAGACAUAUUCAACUAAAUCUACAAGAGAGCUGCAUUUGCCAGAGUUCUUGAACAUAGAGAAGGACGUCACUGACGACAAGGCAUACUCCAUGUACAACUUAUCCCUAAGGGAGAAAGAUGAUUAGCAAUCAGCGGAAAUCAACCAAGUAAUCUAGAUUUGAUAUAAAGUAUUAUAACGUUUUUCACUCACAAGACAAGUUGUACAAAUGUAUUUGGUAAUUUUUGUGAGCUCUUAGUUUUGAGUUUAUUUAUAUCACUGAGUUUUAACAGGUUAUUUUGAGGUUGUGUGAAUGUAGUCAUUUUAGGCCAGUUGUAAGAAGAACUUGCUCUAUAAGAAUGAUAUAUUUAUUGUUCUAUUUAAGCUAGCCUAGCUUGAUUUAAUAAUUUGAUAAUAAUUAUUAAUAUUAAUAUUAAUAUUAAUAUUAAUGGUAUUUUUUUCUUCAGAAUGAUUGUGUCCUUAUUUUAAUUGAGGAGAGGGAUCUUUUUUUCUCGCUUCCCCUUCCCACCUCUCCCCUUCAGCCACCCCGCCCAGAGGUGACGCUGAAAGCGACAUACGUUGAAUGUACCCAAGAGUGAUACAGACCCCACCCAUACACAUUUACUGUACACAGACCCGAUGGCCUUUAAAGGACUGCGCUAUUACUUAUAAUUAUCUGGCGAAAUUUUACGUUUCUUCAGAGAAAGGAAACUUUUACGAUCUACGUGUUUACGAUAGUUUUGUUAUCUUUCCUACCCUGUUAACCAGAGCCUCUAACUUCUAAGGUCUAUAAAUGGUUGAACGUAAAAACUCUGGUAUCUCCAUUGGGUUUACAGUUACAUACCAUUUGGUUAACAGUUAUACCACUGGGCUUACAGUUAUACAGCUAUACAAUUAUACCAUUCCAUUAAUGUAUUUUCUUCCGUUUUCGAAAUGUAGAUCAUUUAUAAGUUUUGAAUAAAAUGUAGAUCAUU